CGGUAAUCCAGAAGAAGUUUCCCCUCAGUUAGGGGGGAGCUCCACUUUGAAGCAGGAGACUCCACAACCACCCUGCAUUAAAAAGGAAGAGGAGGAACUCUGCAUCACUCAGGAGGGAGAGUGUCUUCUAGGACGAGAGGAAGCUGAUUACACCAAGUUUCCACUGAGUAUUCUCUCUGUGAAGACUGAAGAUGAUGAAGAGAAACCAAAAGUAGACAACCUCUUAGCUCCACUAUCAGAUAGUGAGGCUGAAGACGAGAUUGAAGUAACUUUGAGCAGCGAUACAGACUGUGAAGGUGAUAUGAGGACUCACACUGACAACAAACACUCUGAAUGCUCUACAAAGAAGAGAGGUAAAACAUGUUUGAGCUGCUCAGUUUGUGCUGAAAGUUUUACUAAAAAGAGCAGUUUGACUCUACACAUGAGAACACACACAGGUGAAAAACCCUUUAAUUGUUCAGUUUGUGGCAACAGCUUUUCUGGAAAUGGCUCAUUGACUCAACACAUGAGAACACACACAGGUGAAAAAACAUUUAAGUGUUCAGUUUGUGGCAACAGCUUUUCUCAAAAUAGAAAGUUGACUCGACACAUGAGAACACACACAGGUAAAAAACCCUUUAAUUGUUCAGUUUGUGACAAAAGCUUUUUUAAUAAGAGCAUUUUGACUCAACACAUGAGAACACACACAGGUGAAAAACCCUUCAAUUGUUCAGUUUGUGGCAAAAGCUUUUCUCAAAAUAGCAUCUUGACUCAACACAUGAGAACACACACAGGUGAAAAAACAUUUAAGUGUUCAGUUUGUGGCAAACGCUUUUUUAAUAAGAGCAUUUUGACUCAACACAUGAGAACACACACAGGUGAAAAACCCUUUAAUUGUUCAGUUUGUGGCAACAGCUUUUCUAUUAAGAGCAUUUUGACUCGACACAUGAGAACACACACAGGUGAAAAAACAUUAAAGUGUUCAGUUUGUGGCAAAAGCUUUUAUUUUAAGAGCAUUUUGACUAAACACAUGAGAACACACACAGGUGAAAAACCCUUCAAUUGUUCAGUUUGUGGCAAAAGCUUUUCUCAAAAUAGCAAUUUGACUCAACACAUGAGAACGCACACAGGUGAAAAAACAUUUAAGUGUUCAGUUUGUGGCAAACGCUUUUUUAAUAAGAGCAUUUUGACUCAACACAUGAGAACACACACAGGUGAAAAACCCUUUAAUUGUUCAGUUUGUGGCAACAGCUUUUCUAUUAAGAGCAUUUUGACUCGACACAUGAGAACACACACAGGUGAAAAAACAUUAAAGUGUUCAGUUUGUGGCAAAAGCUUUUAUUUUAAGAGCAUUUUGACUAAACACAUGAGAACACACACAGGUGAAAAACCAUUUAGUUGUUCAGUUUGUGGCAAAAGCUUUUCUAUUAAGAGCAAUUUGACUCCACACAUGAGAACACACACAGGUGAAAAAACAUUUAAGUGUUCAGUUUGUAGCAAAAGCUUUUCUUUUAAGAGCAGUUUGACUAAACACAUGAGAACACACACAGGUGAAAAACCCUUUAAUUGUUCAGUUUGUGGCAACAGCUUUUCCCAAAAUAGCCAUUUGACUAAACACAUGACAACACACACUGGUGAAAAACCCUUUAAGUGUUCAGUUUGUGGCAAAAGCUUUUCUAUUAAGAGCAGUUUGACUAAACACAUGAGGACACACACAGGUGAAAAACCCUUUAAUUGUUCAGUUUGUGGCAACAGCUUUUCUCAAAAUAGCCAUUUGACUCGACACAUGAGAACACACACAGGUGAAAAAACAUUUAAGUGUUCAGUUUGUGGCAAAAGCUUUCCUCAUAAGAACUCUUUGUGGCGACACAUGAGAACACACGCUGGAGAAAAACCAUUUAGUUGUUCAGUGUGCUGUAAAAGGUUCCCACAUAAUGCAGACGCAGUAAAACACAUAAGAACAGCACUCGGGAUCUUCCCGCGACUCCGCAGGAGCGAGAAUAGCACCGCCCUCUCAGGCGGCACGGACCUCUGGCGCGUACGCAAACGAGCGCUCCCUCUCAAUCGCUUGUGGACCAGCGAGGUCCAGCAGCUGAUCGGUAAUCCAGAAGAAGUUUCCCCUCAAUUAGGGGGGAGCUCCACUUUGAAGCAGGAGACUCCACAACCACCCUGCAUUAAAAAGGAAGAGGAGGAACUCUGCAUCACUCAGGAGGGAGAGUGUCUUCUAGGACGAGAGGAAGCUGAUUACACCAAGUUUCCACUGAGUAUUCUCUCUGUGAAGACUGAAGAUGAUGAAGAGAAACCACAAGUAGACAACCUCUUAGCUCCACUAUCAGAUAGUGAGGCUGAAGACGAGGUUGAAGAACCUUUGAGCAGCGAUAAAGACUGUGAAGGUGAUAUGAGGACUCACACUGACAACAAACACUCUGAAUGCUCUACAAAGAAGAGAGGUAAAACAUGUUUGAGCUGCUCAGUUUGUGCUAAAAGCUUUACUAAAAAGAGCCGUUUGACUCGACACAUGAGAACACACACAGGUGAAAAACCCUUUAAUUGUUCAGUUUGUGGCAAAAGCUUUUCUCAAAAUGGCUCUUUGACUCAACACAUGAGAACACACGCAGGUGAAAAAACCUUUAAUUGUUCAGUUUGUGGCAAAAGCUUUUCUCAAAAUGGCAAUUUGACUCGACACAUGACAACACACACAGGUGAAAAACCAUUUAAAUGUUCAGUUUGUGGCAAAAGCGUUUCUUUUAAGAGCAGUUUGACUAAACACAUGACAACACACACUGGUGAAAAACCCUUUAAGUGUUCAGUUUGUGGCAAAAGCUUUUCUAUUAAGAGCAUUUUGACUCAACACAUGAGAACACACACAGGUGAAAAACCCUUUAAGUGUUCAGUUUGUGGCAAAAGCGUUUCUUUUAAGAGCACUUUGACUAAACACAUGAGAACACACACUUGUGAAAAACCCUUUAAUUGUUCAGUUUGUGGCAACAGCUUUUGUCAUAACAGCUCUUUGUGGCGACACAUGAGAACACACGCUGGAGAAAAACCAUUUAGUUGUUCUGUGUGUUGUAGAAGGUUCCCACAUAAAGCAGAUGCAGUAAAACACAUAAGAACACACAAGGGAAAAUAACCUAUUAGCUGUUUAGUUUGUGGUAUGUUGCUCAUAUGUGGUGACAUCCACCCUACCCAGGACCUCCUCACUGCUUCUUUCACAAAUAUCUGAGGUAUUCAUACAAACUUGGAUUAUUUGGAGCAUAAUCUUAUCUACUCAUGACCCCAUGUCUUGUCUGUAUCUGAAACCUUCCUGAACAGUAAGAUAGAUGAUGCUUCAAGUGCUUGGUUACUCCUUCUUCAGUCCUGGGGCCUCAUGUGUCAAGUUUGUGCACGCUCAAAAACCUGCACUACACCCUUUUUCACUGCAAAGUUGAGCUGUAUCAAAACUGACGUUGACGCAUAAGUGAUGCCGGGUAACUGUUUGCAUAACAAACUGCCAACUUUUACUCCUUAAACUGGUUGAUGUACAAAUCAGAGACUUAUGAACAAUCAACCCCCAACACCCACAACCCAACCCCCACCUCCCUCGACAUUCGGGCAUAACAGGUUCAAUCCGGCCCGCGAGAUGAGUUUGUGAAGUGUAAAAUUCAGCUGUAUUUUUAAUGAAAGAAACUGCUGUUCUAAAUGUGUCCACUGGAUGUCACAUUAGCAAUUCUGUUAGGCAAGCAAAUAGCAUAGCAAGUAUACCAAGCAAGAGGUAGACGGUAAAGCGGGGCUGUGACUCCUCCCCCUCCACCCAACGUAAAACAGGAGUAAAAUAAGCAAUCAGUAACCCCACUUAAAAUGCAGCAUGAGACACUGCACACUGAUAUAGUUCUGUGAAAAUGAUUGUCUUCUGUGCAAAUGUAAAGAAAGUGAACAG